AACACCUAUAAGAGUGCUCUUCUCCACUUUUUGCAAACACUUGGCAUUGAGAGACAGAGAGAUGAAGCAUUUGGUAUUGGCCUGUCUCCUUGCUUUUUUGAUCCAUCAACAAUGUCUUGUGUUUCCAGUUGAGGCAGGGGAUGGUUUCAUCAGAACCAGAGGAGUUCAUUUUGUGUUAAAUGGUAGUCCUUACUAUGCCAAUGGCUUCAAUGCCUACUGGUUGAUGUAUGUGGCUUCUGACCCAUCUCAGAGAAACAAAGUCUCAGCUGCCUUCAAAGAAGCUUCAAGCCAUGGCCUCACUGUUGCUAGAACUUGGGCCUUUAGUGAUGGUGGCUAUAGACCUCUACAGUACUCUCCUGGCUCUUACAAUGACCAAAUGUUUAAGGGGUUGGAUUUUGUAAUAGCUGAGGCAAGAAGGUAUGGAAUUAAGCUUGUUUUGAGUUUUGUGAAUAACUAUGAGAACCUUGGAGGUAAGAAACAGUAUGUGAAUUGGGCUAGAAGUCGAGGGCAGUACCUCACAUCUGAUGAUGAUUUCUUUAGAAACCCCAUUGUCAAGGGAUAUUACAAGAACCAUGUCAAGACUGUUAUUAACAGAUACAACACCAUGACUGGAGUUGUUUACAAAAAUGACCCAACAAUCAUGGCUUGGGAGCUUAUGAAUGAGCCCAGAUGCACAUCAGAUCCAUCAGGGAGGACCAUUCAGGCCUGGAUAACGGAAAUGGCUUCUCAUGUUAAGUCAAUAGACAGAAAUCACUUGCUGGAAGCUGGGUUAGAAGGAUUUUAUGGACAAACAACACCGCGGAGGAAGAGACUCAAUCCUGCUUUAAAUAUAGGAACUGAUUUUAUCGCGAAUAAUCGGAUUCCUGGCAUUGAUUUUGCUACAGUUCACGCAUACCCUGAUCAAUGGUUAUCUAGCUCAAGUGAUCAAUCUCAGCUUUCAUUUAUGAACAACUGGCUCAGCGCACACAUUAGAGAUGCACAAUACGUUCUUCGCAAGCCAAUACUCGUCGCAGAAUUUGGGAAAUCGUCGAAAGAUUCUGGUUUCAGCACCUACGAGAGGGACAACUUGUUCAAAAUUGUAUAUUACAAUAUAUACUCGUCAGCCAGACGUGGUGGAGCAGCUGGUGGAGGCAUGUUUUGGCAACUCCUGACCGAAGGCAUGGACUCCUUCCGCGAUGGGUAUGAGAUAGUUCUGAGCCAAAGCCCCUCAACUGCUAGUUUGAUCGCCCAACAGUCCCACAAGCUGUAUCAAAUAAGGAAAAUAUUUGCUAGGAUGAGAAACAUUGAGAGGUGGAAGAGGGCAAGGGCUGCUAGAGGCAGGCGUAUCGGACACUAAAAUGUUGGAAGUCCUAUAUAUAAAAUGGAAGUGUGUGUGUGUGUGUGUGAAAAGAGUGUUGUCGAAGUGAAGGUGUUUGUUGUGAGGGUACUUAAUUAGUUUCUGGGAGAUGGUCAAUUUCUCUCUUAGAGAUGAAUAUUGUUCGUCCAGGAGGGUUGCUGUUGCUGCAGUGGGAUCAAUAGAUUAUAUAACUUCUAUAGAAUUAUAUAUAGUUACAAUUUUAUAUGUUGCAAACUUUGUUGUUUAGGAAAUUUGGUGCUAUAUAUGUGUUGGAUAGUAGAGAGAAAUUAAUGCCUAGCUUUCAUAUCAGUUAAAAUCAGAUUGUAAGAUGAAGGAAAGACUAUAUAAAUGUGGCUUGAGUAACAAUUUAUGGCCCGGGGAUUUCAUCUCUA